AUGGAUCAUGCAAUUGAAGAACAACUUGGUAUUCAAAAUGUCAACAUUCUCAAAAAAGGAGUUUUGGAUUCGGAUGAAGGGAAAUUGUUUUUGAAGUUUGGGGAAGAAGAUUUGGUUAAAGGAGAGUUUGAAUCUCUGAAAGCAAUACAAGCAUCUGGAACUAUUCAAUGCCCGAAACCAUUCGGAAUUGUUCAAAGAAACGGAAACUUUGCACUAGUAACCAGUUACAUUGAGUUUCAGCAUAGAAAAGAUUGGGCAACGUUUGGAAAUCUGCUAGCCAGGUUGUUCAGUGUUUCUAUCAAACACUUUAGACAAUGUGGACCUUUCAGAAUGCACAAAACAAAUUCAGACCUCCUGCUUGCUUUAGAGCAGCGUUCUCGAUUGCUCAGUUUUAAUUCUGAAAUUUCUGAAGACUCGUUGCAUUUGGAACAAGAAGAAGGGACUGCAAAAUUUGGGUUCCAUUUGCCAACUUGUUGUGGGAGAAUCCCCCAGGAGAAUGAGUGGACUGACGAUUGGACGAAAUUCUUCAUUUGCCAUCGUCUGAAACCACAACUCGAUAGACUUAUUGAGGAACACAACGUUCGAGAACUCAUUGACCAUUCUGAUCAACUUUACCGAAAAACCGAAAAGCUUUUGAAUUGCCGCCAAUCAAUUCAACCUGCUUUGGUUCAUGGUGAUUUGUGGGGUGGAAACUGGAGUAUGUGCCUUUCUGGAGAAGACACUGAGCCAAUUGUUUUUGAUCCAUCCUCCAGUUAUUCGGAUCCUGAGUUUGAAUUUGGAAUUAUGCAAAUGUUCGGUGGCUGGACUCAAGAUUUUGAAGAAGAGUAUGACAAAAUAAUGGGGAAAUCGGAUGGAAGACAUGAAAGAGUUGCACUCUAUGAACUUUACCAUAAUUUGAAUCAUUGGAAUCACUUUGGUGGAUCCUACAGAAACAGUUCCAUGAACUUGCUCCGAAGAAUCAUCGGAUGA